AUGGACUCUGUUGACUCCAAGCAUACCCGGGCUGUCUCCAGAUCUUCAAGACCUCGUAGCUCGACAAGGGGACCUUUAGAAGAAUUCAAUGACCCCCUCGGCUCAGCUGAUAUCAAUGUAUCAUCUACUCCUCUUGUACAAGAUGAAGCUCAGACUGGGAUUUACUCGGGUCACACCCUUACCGCAUUAGACCCGCUGGCGCCAAGUGAGCUACCACCGGGCGUGGAGAAAGACCUGUCGUAUCUCCUUCGCUACGACGUCUAUCAUUCCCUGUCACAAAUUGAUAUUCCACAUCCACUGCGUUCGGAGUUUGUCACGCCAGCUCCUGAUGAACUAUUGAGCUCAUCCUUGGGUAAAGUUGAGAAAUUGUUGGCUGAGGGCCACUUCUUACUCGCCGCUUAUCUAUGCGGAACCAUCCUGACUUCUCGUUCUCUCUCGCCAACUGAUACCAAGCUGAUUUUUGGGCUUUUCUAUACACGUCUAGCGUGUUUAGAACUGUCUGGAAAUGCUAUUCUAGCAGCGCAAGAAUCAAAGGCCCUUGAAGACUUGACUUCGGCCUUUUAUUACGUUGACUUCAACCAAGACGCAUCCGCGAAAGAAACCCCUCAGAAACCGUCAGUUCAUGCCCGCCAUAUCGUGCCAUGGCCACUGCGAGUUCUAGCAGUGAGACUCCAGAGCAUCGGGUUUGGUGAUUCUCGCCGAGGCAUUGGCGGCCUCUACGAACUUGGCCUCGAGGCGCGAAGGGAAAUCAUGCGAACGGACUUAACACAAUCGGAGCGAGAAAUCUGGAGGGAUAGAUUGGCUGAUCUCGGAAUCAGAAGCGUGAAUGCCUUGAUUGAGAUGGGGGAUCUUGAUGCAGCUAGAAGGUCACUGGACAGCCUGAAAAUAUCGGACGCGGAAGCCGCGAUAAACAGGUCAAGAAAAGUGCUUCUCUUCUUGAUGAUUGGCGACAUUGACGCCGCAAAGAAAGUGUACGAGGAAGCAGGCAUGCCCAAUGAGAGUAUCCUUAAGCCGCUCCUCAGCAUGGCGGAAGGCCAGUACAACGAUGCAGUGGCCGAAUGGAGGGCACUUCUCGAGAAUGGCGAAGAGAAUAAUGAUAAAGCCUUGAUUUCGCAGAAUUUGGCCGUCUGUUUAUUAUAUACAGGACAGCUGAAUGAGGCUCGUCAAAUUCUGGAGUCGUUGGUUGCUGCUAACCAUUCGUUUGGCAGCUUGGUGUUCAAUCUGUCCACGGUCUACGAGCUUUGCUCCGACAAGGCUAGUAUACUCAAGACCAGUCUUGCCGAGUCUGUUGCCAAGCAGCCCAUCUCAGGCGAUCUCAAUCUUGAUCGGCCCAGUGCGGAUUUCAAGUUAUGA